GCCUCCCGUCUCAGACUUGGGACCUCCAAGGGCAGGGGCCAUGUUUCCCCUCCACCUUGUUCUCAGUCCGUGGGUCCACGGUGUUAUCUGGACCGCUCUCUUUAUACCUCAGGAUCUGAACCCUGGAGCCUCCAUCCUAGAGACACAGCAGUGGUUGCAUCGGCACCGGUUCUCCAACUACUGUCGGUCGCUGGCCAAUUUCACUGGCACUGAUCUGCUGAAGCUUACCCGCCAGGACCUUAUCCAGAUCUGUGGAGCUGCCGACGGGAUCCGCCUUUUCAAUACUCUAAGAGCCAGGCCCAUGCGUCACCGGCUGACCUUAUAUGUCGCUCAGGAGGCCUCUAGGCAAGAGAACGAGGUUCCUAAGAACCCUGACUCAGGCUUUUAUCAAGAGAUCUCUCUGGAUGAACUCAGUGCUGUAGAGCUCAUGGGGAAACUGGCUGAACUGCUGGCCCUCCCAGCCAAUCAGAUCCAUCGGCUCUUCCACCAGGGCCCUGGGGGCAUCCUCAUUCUCCUCAGUGACCAGGUGGUUCAGAAUCUUGAGGAUGAGUCGUACUUUGUGGCUGUGGUGAAGAAAGUGCAGAAUCCAGAUGGCUACUACCUGGUUCUGACCUAG